AUGUCAUUUCGAAACUGCGUGACACUUCGGCAACAGUUAUUUCGAAACCAGUCAUUUCGAAACCGCGACACUUCGAAUCCCGUCAUUUCAAAACCAGUCAUUUCAAAACCAGUCGUUUCGAAACCGCGACACUUCGAAUCCCGUCAUUUCAAAACCAGUCAUUUCAAAACCAGUCGUUUGGAAACCGCGUCACUUCGAAUCCCGUCAUUUCAAAACCAGUCAAUUCGAAACCAGUCGUUUCGAAACCGCGACACUUCGAACCCGGUCAUUUCGAAACCGGUCAUUUCAAAACCAGUCGUUUCGAAACCGCGAAACUUCGAAUCCGGUCAUUUCAAAACCAGUCAUUUCGAAACCAAUCGUUUCGAAACCGGUCAUUUCGAAACCAGUCAUUUCGAAACCGCGACACUUCGAACCCGGUCAUUUCGAAUCCAACCAUUUCAAAACCAGUUAUUUCUAAACCAGUCGUUUCGAAACCGGUCAUUUCGAAACCGGAAAAAACACGGUCACGUAAAAAUUUUGCAGUUUCGAAAUGACCGUCCACCAGUUUCAAAAAAAUGGUGGUCACCCAGAUUACUGUACCUAAUGCGCAAACCAGUGGAUAUUGAUGAAUUGGAUUGUGAACAAACCGCCCGUCUCUUCCGACCGGAAGUUUUGGCACCAACGUUGACAGUGGAUACGGAAUCCCGUAAAGUUCAGCCAAGUCUGAAAGCGAGACUCUCUCAAAGUAUCAAUCCGUGGAAGACAUCUAUUAUUGACCAGUUGCGUCCAGAGGUGGUCAGUGAGUAUCGUGGACGUAUCAACUUCUCGAUUGCCUUCGAAAAAGAGUGCUCAACCCUCCACGUCCAUUUGAUGGAGGCUGUGGACCUCCCAGUCAAGGAUUUCACUGGCUCCUCGGACCCCUACGUCCGCGCCUUUUUGCUCCAAGACCCCGGACAAAGUGAGCGCAGCAAAGUGCAUCGAAGGAAUCUCAAUCCAACGUUCAAUGAGACUUUGAGCUUUAGAGGACACUCGAUGAAGAAACUCCACGACAUGACGCUGGUGCUCCAAGUCAUGGACUAUGACCGAUUCUCGUCCGACGAUCCGAUUGGAGAAAUUUUACUUCCGUUGAAACAUGUGAAAUUUGAGAAUAGUCCGGUUUAUUGGAAACAUUUGCAACGGCCGACCGUUUCGAAGGAUGCCUGCGGAGAAGUGAUGAUCUCAUUGUGCUACUUGCCAAACUCUGGAAAGAUUACUGUAUCGAUAAUCAAGGCUCGCGACUUGCACUCGAAGGAUCGGACUCGGCAUUAUGGACCCAGGACCCAGGACCCAGGACCCAGGACCCAGGACCCAGGACCCAGGACCCAGGACCCAGGACCCAGGACCCAGGACCCAGGACCCAGGACCCAGGACCCAGGAUAG